GCCCACCUCACGGCCUUCUGGAACCCAUGCCCACAUCACGGCCUUCUGGAACCCAGGCCCACCUCACGGCCUUCUGGAACCCAGGCCCACCUCACGGCCUUCUGGAACCCAGGCCCACCUCACGGCCUUCUGGAAGCUCAUCGAACGUGACAAGACACAAGAUGAUUAUCGUAAUGAAAGAAAGAGCAGUGACAAAUAAGAACAAGGAGGCCACAUUCCAAAGCAACGCGAAUACAGUCCCGCAGCCCAUAGAUUCAUUCUUCCUCUUCAUGACCCACCUCUCUGUGGGUUUGAAGCCAAAGGAUUUGGCUCACACGAUUAACAUCAGCCAUUCUACUGUGAGUCAGAUGGUCAUCAGAUGGGCCAACUUCCACUAUGCUUUGCUUGGUGUCAUGUGUCUCUGGAUGUCAGAGGAAGAUGUGAAGGCUCACUUACCAGAGGAGUUCAAGGAGGGUUAUCCCGUCACCAAAGUUGGUCAUCGACUGCACAGAGUUGCAUGCCAGACACCAUCAUCUCUGCUUCUUGGUGCUACUUGGUGCCACAUGGUGCCACAUGGUGCCACAUGGUACUACAAUGUGCUACAUGGUGCUACAUGGUGCCACAUGGUGCCACAUGGUGCUACAUGGUGCCACAAUGUGCUACGUGGUUCCACGUGGUGCCACAUGGUUGCUACAUGGUGCCACAUGGUGCUACAAUGUACUACAUGGUGCUACAUGGUGCCACAUGGUGCUCCAUGGUGCCACAUGGUGCCACAUGGUUGCGACAUGGUUGCUACAUGGUGCUACAUGGUGCUACAUGGUGCCACAUGGUGCUACAUUGUGCUACAUUGUGCCACGUGGUGCCACAUGGUGCUACAUGGCUCCACAUGGCGCUACAUGGUGCCAUCACAUUUGUAUCUUCUCUGUCUGCUGUUUCGAUCAGCGACAAAGAGCUACUGAAGCAGUCCGGAAUUGUGCUUCUUCCUACACAGAAGAUGGGCCAUCAUGGUGGACAAGGUUUCUUGUGGACGACAACCUGCCUUGUAAGGUUCAGGUUCACCGACCAGCUAUCCUCUCGAAGAGGACACCAGACGCCAGCCUUAGAUGUGUGUUAGACCCAGUCAGUCGCCCGAUUGUGUAUCAAUUGUGUAUGUGUAUCAGGAAGGUGAAGGAGAAUGAACUCUUCGACACCGCCCACCCUCACCUUCAUCACAGGUAGCAUCAACCAACUGUACUCGGUUGCAUGCUUCCUGGUCAACUACCAGAAUGGACCUCUGGUCAAAGGAGAAGUGAGGCCACAACCCCCUGGACAGCCACCUCGUACCCAUAGCCAGCCUGGGCAGCUACCAUAUAACCAGCCUUGGCAGCUACCAUAUACCCAUAGCCAGCCUGGGCAGCUACCAUAUACCCAUAGCCAGCCUUGGCAGCUACCAUAUAUCCAUAGCCAGUCUGGGCACCCUGCACUGUCACUCAGAUCCUGAUGAGCUCCAAUGUCCUAGGUGCCUUUUGAUGUUUGAUUGAAUCAAUUCCUUUUAUAAUUCCGUUUGAUAAGAUUAGCCUGCUUGAUCCACGUUUAAAGGAGAAUGUUCCUGUUUCCGAAGGUAAACUACAUUUUUUUUUUAUGUGAACAGCAUGUUAGAGAAGGGUCCAGACAUUUUUUUUUGUAAUGUGGCUUGUUAGUGAGAAACUUAUCCCAGCUGCGAUACUUUACCCGUUGUGCAGUAUCAGGGGACACGCAAAAAAACAUGAACAAAUACACAUUAAU